AAUUUGAAAGAGUUGAAUUUUAAAGUUGGCAUUCACGCCGUACCCAGUCUCGAGCCCUUCCACGUUCACGUUAUCUCCAGUGAUAUGAGAAGUUCGCGAAUUAAACACAAAAAGCAUUGGAAUUCCUUCAACACUCCGUUCUUUGUUGAGCUGAGCGAAGCGGAGGAGAUAUUACAACGCGAUGGGAAUCUGCACUCCAUCUCAAGUCGAGAGACACAUUUACGUGAUGAUCUACUAUGUAACGUAUGUGGUCACAAUUUUGGUGGUCACUUCACGAAGCUGAUUCGUCAUGUUAUGGUGUGCUCACAGCAUCCCGCGACGAAACGGAGUGCGGCUGUGGAUGACUACAGCGAAAAUGAGACUAAAUCUCGACGACUUGAGAGUUGA